CAUCUUUGGUUGGUCGGAUUCUGGGAGAACAGCCAUUUUUCGUCUCCCAGCUGUCAUAUUUCUGCGAUAGCAUCACUUUUUACAAACUAAAUAAAAGUGUUUUUUGUGUGUGUCGUCGGGGAGAUGACCAGUUAGUAACGGCCAACACUUUCGGACACGUUUAAGAGCUUUCUUGCUGUCUUACUGGUGUGUAUGAAACCAGGCAAUGUCCACCAUGGUGUAUCCACGUGAAGAAGCCCUGGAGCGACUGAGCCAGGAUGAGAUUGUCCUCAACACUAAGGCCGUCAUGCAGGGCCUGGAAACGCUGCGUGGCGAACACGCCCAGCUCCUCAAUUCGCUGCUGGACUGCACCCAGCCACCGGCUGCCCAGGAGAAAUCUGGACUGCUCCGCAAGAGUCUGGAGGCCAUCGAGCUGGGCCUGGGAGAGGCACAGGUGAUCAUCGCCCUAUCGAGUCACCUGAGCGCCGUGGAGUCGGAGAAGCAGAAGCUGCGCGCUCAGGUGCGCCGGCUCUGCCAGGAGAACCAGUGGCUGCGGGACGAGCUGGCGGGGACGCAGCACAAGCUGCAGCGCAGCGAGCAGAGCGUCGCCCAGCUGGAGGAGGAGAAGAAGCACCUGGAGUUCAUGAACCAGAUCAAGAAGUUCGACGAUGACGUCUCGCCCUCAGAGGAGAAGAACCAGAGCUCUGGUGGAGGCGGCGGUGGGAGUGGAGGAGACACUUCAAAGGACAGUCUGGAUGACUUGUUCCCCAACGAUGAUGACCAGGGACCAGCCCAGCCCAGUGGAGAGGUGGCGGCCCAGCAGGGAGGCUACGAGAUCCCAGCCCGCCUCAGGACGCUUCACAACCUAGUGAUCCAGUAUGCCUCUCAGGGGAGGUACGAGGUGGCCGUGCCGCUGUGCAAACAAGCCCUGGAGGACCUGGAGAAGACGUCUGGACACGAUCACCCCGACGUAGCCACCAUGCUCAACAUCCUGGCCUUGGUGUACAGAGAUCAGAACAAGUACAAAGAAGCCGCUCACCUCCUGAAUGACGCCCUGGCCAUCAGAGAGAAGACACUGGGGAAGGAUCAUCCAGCUGUGGCCGCAACCCUCAACAACCUGGCCGUUCUGUACGGCAAGAGGGGCAAGUACAAGGAGGCGGAACCUCUCUGCAAGAGAGCACUGGAGAUCAGAGAGAAGGUGUUGGGAAAGUAUCACCCAGAUGUGGCCAAGCAGCUGAACAACUUGGCCCUCCUGUGUCAGAACCAGGGCAAGUACGACGAGGUGGAAUACUACUACAGACGGGCCCUGGAGAUCUAUGAGUCCAAACUGGGAGCUGAUGACCCCAAUGUGGCCAAGACCAAAAAUAACCUGGCUACGUGCUACCUGAAGCAGGGGAAGUUCAAAGAUGCCGAGGCUCUGUACAAAGAGAUCCUGACCAGGGCGCACGAGAAGGAGUUUGGAUCCGUCAACAAUGACAACAAGCCAAUCUGGAUGCACGCAGAGGAGAGAGAGGAGAGCAAGGGUAAGCGCAAGGACUCUGGCCCAUAUGUAGAGUAUGGAAGUUGGUAUAAGGCCUGCAAGGUGGACAGCCCCACAGUGAACACAACCCUCAAAAGUUUGGGGGCUUUGUACCGUCGCCAGGGCAAACUGGAGGCAGCAGAAACCCUGGAGGAGUGCGCCAGCAAGUCACGUAAACAGGGUUUUGAUGCCAUCAACCAGAGUAAGGUGGUGGAGCUGCUGAAGGACGGCGGAGCUGGAGGGGGCGACAGACGACACAGCAGGGAAGGAAUCAACGGGCAGGGAGGACAGCGGGGGGAGACUGAGGGCGACGACUCCGCUGAGUGGAACGGGGAUGGUAACGGGUCUCUGCGUCGUAGCGGCUCCUUCGGGAAGAUUCGUGACGCCCUGAGAAGGAGCAGCGAGAUGCUGGUGAAGAAGCUGCAGGGGAGCGGACCACAAGAACCCCGCAACCCAGGAAUGAAGAGAGCGAGCUCCCUCAACUUCCUCAACAAGAGCAAUGAGGAGACUACACAGGACGCCAACACCGGAUUCUCAGACUGCAGGGGACUAAGCGCCAGCAACGUGGACCUAUCCAGACGCAGCUCCCUGAUUGGCUAGACAGAGACAGGAGGCGGGACUCAGGAGACACAGAGCGGCCCGAUGAGGAGAGGCUGUUUGCAGCUUGGUUUGAUCAAACAAACACACCUAAAGCUCAAAGCGAGAUCAAACACUUGCACCUGCAGCAUUAUUUUUUAUAUAACACUGAAAAAAAAAAGCAUUAAACGUCACUAAACGUCAUCCUGUAAGACACAGUCCGUCAUCCUGUAAGACACAGUCGCUGCUGCUGCUGCUUCGCUGUACAAACUGCUGCCCGCGAUCAGAAAAAGAGAAUAUUUAGAUACACAUUAAUCAGCAUGCUGCUUACUAGAAAGUGGAAUGUCUGCACCUGAACACCUCGUGUUUUUGACUCAUAGCACCGUAGCAAAGCAUCGUAUCGACAUCGUGGUCUCUUCGAUCUACACUCUCACGUGCAGACACUCAACCUUAGGUAGGCCAAACCUACUCCGGUUUCAGUUCAGAGAGAAGCAUUGCACUCUGUAUAUUUCACCAGUAGCAUGUUUGCUGAUGCUAACCACACAUCGAAUGCAUCACAGACGGUAAAAAUGGUACAGUCCGCUUAGAUUUUAUCAGAGAAAGGAGAAUAGAGAGUACAGGCUCUUCGAUCUUUGGGGAUAUUCAAAAAACAUUAGCACUAACCAUUUAAACCUCACUUUUUGCCUUCUUGUUUUUUUUUUUUUUUUUAUGUAUAUACAGUUUUAAAUUAUUUGAUAUUUCAUUCUUUGUAUAUAGUGAAUAUUGAUUUUCUUUUUUUUGUUUUCAUUUUGUUUUUCUUUUUGUUUACACUUUAUUGGUUUAAAGAGGGUCUCAGUUGGAGAAAAUACGACUUUUUUGAUGGGGUGACGACUGGAGAAGAAGAUAAGAUGAAAGGAAAUAUUGAAAUGAGCACUUAGGUAAAAUGCUGAUAAAUUUAGUACCUCAAUCACUGAAGUCUGCUGACAUUCACAAUACGCGACAAGGUUUCAGUCUAAACUGUAAUAAUGCACUUUGAGCGUGACAGUACUGUAUCUGGUAGUUUCCACUGCGUCCUCAGCUGGUCAGGCUUGCAGCAAAAAUGUGUUUUUCAAAUGAAUUUUCUUGGUGGCCUCAUAGGUUGCUCUCACAAGAACCUUAAAGUAAAAAAAAGGAAAGUUCAUUUGAAAGUAAAUUCACAGUAUGUGGUAUAACAAGUUUAAACACUAUAAACAUUACUUUCAGGUAACUUUCCCCCAUGUCUACCAUGAAAAAUGAUGGAAGUCUGACAGAUGUUGAAGGAAAAUGCUGUGAAAGACAUAUUUAAAUACAAUUUGUUUACAAUCAUGAAACCGGGAUAUUCAAGGCAUAAUCAACCCUCAUUUAAAAAUAUGGGUAACUACUUUAAUUAUUGGUUCAAAGCUGGUGCAGUGCAUCAGCUACAGUAUGUUUACUUUUAUGAAUUCCUCUUGUGAAUUGUUUUUCCCUCAUUUUGCUGUUGCUGAAUAUUUAUCAUGUUGUACAAAACAAUCCUCAGUUUUAUAUAUUUAAUGCUGACCUGGAUGGAACUCAUCAGUCGUAAUCAAAACACCGGCAGAGAUCUGACUGUUGACCAUCCGUCCUCAAUGAAUUUUGUUGUGCUGAUGCGUUUUUCCUGUUUUGGCUCCAAGCUUUUAUGUUGAAGGUACUGAAAACUGAUUAUUUGAAUGUUACAUUUCAUGUUGAUUGUGCGGUCCGGUGACAUUUACGCUGGAUUUUUGUGCUCUGCUGUUUGCAAGCGGGCGCUAAACUCCACCAAAAUAAGACCAAAACCAAGGGAACUGUCCACAGAAUGUACACGUCUUAUUAUGUGAAGUGGAAAUCAGGCUCAGCAGGUUGUGGCAUCACUUCCUCAACUGGGAUCAGAUUGUCAGUGAAUUGCUUUGUUUUUUUUUUUGGGCUUUCUUUUGUAAGUUUUCCUUUCUAAUAUAGGAAAGCCAAAAAAAAUUUAAUUCUUGACAACCUGAGUUUGAUUUCAAAAAAUGUGAAGAUGCAGGUUUUGUUGUGAAGGCACUUUGUCAACGAUGGUGCGUGCACACCAUCGCCAUGUGCCGUGGAUAACCCGCAGUCGCCCUUCUUGAAAUCACCUUUUGACGAGGUCACGUUGCUGAGUCUGAGAAAAGUGCUAAUUAUUCUAUCAGCUUCUGAUUGUGCUGUGUGAGGUGGCACAGGUUUUUGGAUAGUAACAAAAGAAAUACAUGCAUGAGGGGACGAAAGAGCAAAGCAAGUGUGUUAAAGCAGGGAGGGGGUCAGUGUUAAAAAAGAAAAAAACAAAGUGCUUCUGAAAGACGACGUGGGAAGAAAAGUGCUUUAAGUGUUGUUCGCAGCAAAUAAUGUACAGAAUUAUCAGUAUACUACCUUUAUAUGUAUGUUUACUGUAUGUCACUUGUACACACACACACACACACACACACACACACACACACACACACACAAAACAAUGUUGGGAAAUUCCUUUAAUCACAAACUCAAUCUCAACACCAUGUAGUUGUGUACAAAAGUUAGAGAUUCACUAAUUUGUAGUUGGAAGGUCUCCAAAAAAACAGUUCUUUCCUGACUGUGGGUUCCUCUACACACCGUACUGUAAUACCAAUAUUAAUCAAUCAUUUACUGUAUUAAUCAGGUACUUGUUCACCCCUGGGUUAGUUUCUCUGAAAUCUCUCAAGCUUCUCAGGCUUCGUUAUGAAACUCCAUUAAAGUAUGAAUAUUAACGCACUGUGUUGCUCAAUAAAACGGCUGAGAGGAAAAUAAAAACUGCUCCGGUUGUAAAUGUUUGUCCUGAAUCUCUGUUGCUGGAAGAUUUCGAUCCAAAACUCGAAAGAUAAAUCAGAUCUUUGUUUCUCUGACGUCCAAAUAUUAACGGAGAUCGGUGCAUUUACGUGGAGCCAUUGGUGGUAAAUGUUGUGGGUACGAGGGUCUUGUAUAUGUAUAAGUUCAGCUUCUAUAUUGCUGUGAAGGGGCCAACCUAAUGUGUAUUUUAUCAAAGGUUCAAUAAAUACAAUUCCACUUUUCAAACUGA